AUGAAGGUCUUCAACCUCAUGUCAAAAGCAGGUACAUGUGGUGAAUCAGGUGUUUAUACUUGUGACGACAAAUCUUGUGGAGGCACAUGCAGGGCUUAUGGUGACCCUCACUACAUCACAUUUGAUGGUCUAAAGUAUGAAUUCCAAGGAGAGUGCAGUUAUACCUUGGUGACGGACAGAUGUCAAGCUGACAGCGUUGCAACGAUAGCAGUCCAGGUCGAGAAUGUACCUUGCGGAACGGAGAAGCUGACUUGCACCAAGUCGAUCUCAAUCUCCAUCAAAGAUGCCGUCAUUACGCUGGUACGGGGUUCAGAACCAGUAGAGAGUAAUCCAGGAUCUACAGAAGCCAAAUAUCAAUUCUUUAACUCUGGAAUUUACCUCAUUAUUCAUACACUGAACGGAAUUCGUAUAACAUGGGACAGAGGAACGUCUGUUUUCAUAAACCUGGACGAUUCGUACAAAGGGAGAGUGUGUGGAAUGUGUGGUAACUUCGACGGCGACUCCGGAAAUGAUUUCAAAACAAUUGGAGGAGAGUUCCAGGCUACUCCGAGGUUGUUCGGACACGAAUGGAAGACGGAUUCUAACUGCGUGGUUCCACCGGAGCCGGUUCAUCCAUGUGAGACGGAAGUUGGUUUGACACGGAAGGCGUGGGCGGAAUACUCAUGUGACAUUAUCAAAGGGGAGAUCUUUAAAUCGUGUCACAAUGUGAUCGACCCCCAGGACUACUACGAUAGCUGUGUGUAUGAUAGCUGCGGAUGCGACAGGGGUGGAGACUGUGAAUGUUAUUGUACAGUCGUCGCUAACUAUGCUGCUGUUUGCAAUGAGAUGGGUGUUGCCAUACAAUGGCGUUCACCUGGUGUUUGUGCUAUGCAAUGCGUGAACGACAUGACAUACAAAACGUGCGGUGAAGUUUGCGCUGAUAGGGUCUUUUCUGAUCAGGCCGCACCAAGCUUCAAUUGCCAUCAGGUUUGUAUCGAUGGGUGUCACUGUCCAGAAGACACCAAACUCUGGCGGGGUGUGUGUGUACCGGAGGUCAACUGUACCCACAAUGGCACUGAGUACAUACCAGGCAACCAUGUUGAUCUUGAAGAAUGUACAAACUGUACUUGUCAAAAUGGAGAGCUCACCUGUGUUCCUUUACCAAGCUGCGCAACUACUACAGCAAAUGUGACUACUGUAGUGAGUACAGCAGUGCCAUCGACCACCACCAAUGGGACAACUACAGCAACUCCAACUAGUACUGAAGUUACAACCACUCAGGUAACAUCCACAACAGCUGGUUCAACUGAACAAACCACUACCACAGUUGUGACAACUUCUCCCGAGGCAACCACCACAGAGAUAACCACUGUGGAGAUAAGUUCAGGGCCACCCACAACAUCAGUUACGACUGCUGGACCAACAACUACAGAGGUAUCGACCACUACGACUAAUGUCACUACCCUAUCGGUACCAUCAACUACAGCUGCAGCUACAACCUCGGCUGUGCCUACAACAACUGAAGUGGUCACCACAACUACUUUAGUUUUGACCACCACUCCAGAAGCAACAACCUCUGAGGAGACAACUGUUGUGACUACCAGCCCGGUGUCUACAACCACUGGUAAAUAUAAAAAUGAUUACAAUUUUAACCUGUUAUUGUGA